AUGCCAAGGCCCGCCAAGAAAUUCAACUUGGCCGAGAUCAACCAAGUAGGAGCACUUGCUCUCAGGCGGAGAAUCCAGACCGAUUCGCUGCUGUCAUUUUAUGAUUUUAGCAACACGGAGCAGCAAGCGAGAACCCGUCCCCUUAACAUUGAAUGCCUACUUGCAGACAGCCCCUGCAUCACAGUCGCCUUCACCCAAUCAGAUGAUGAAGUUAUUUCUCUAUCACCUGCAGCACUUCCCCACUCAGGCACCCAAUCUCAUUUGUACGCCCCUUCAACGGAGUCUGUCAAGGAGUUCAAUUCCCCUAAAGUGUUCCUGGCCAACGUUCUACCAGUUUUCUGGACAUUCGCUUUCAGCAGUCUAGACAUGUAUAGCCAAGGUCAACCCAGCCAGCCUAGUAUGAAGCCGCUUCGUCGUCUACAGCAUGACAAUUACACUGUCGCCAUCUUAUGUCCUAUGGCCGUUGAACUGACGCCCGUAAUUGACUUGUUCGACGAACACCACGAGAACCUCAGCCCGAGUCGCGACCAGAAUGCCUACAGUCUUGGUAAAAUGGGCCAGCAUAACGUCGUAGUUACCACCGUGUGGAAGACUUCCACCAUUCCUGCUUCGAUUGCCAUCACGCAAUUGCUCAACGACUUCGGUAAGAUACGAUUUGUGCUGUUAGUAGGAGUCGCUGGCGGUAUCCCUUACGAAGCCGGCAACAGGGAUAUUCGGUUGGGCGAUGUCGUUGUCAGUGAAGCUCGAGGACGGUUUGGCGGUGUUGUACAACUCGAUCUCGGAAAGAGCACAGAGGAUGGUUUUGUGAGGACUGGGCACCUUGACUCAGUACCGCGUGCUCUUGCCAGCAAUGUUGAGCAACUGAAGGCUUACAUUAGCUCCGCCGAAAAUCUUAUUUCGCGGCAUCUUAACGAGUUACUACGAAAGUAUCCCAACAAGAAAAAGGAAUACUGCCACCCAGGCCCAGAAUUUGACCAUCUCUUUAAAGCCAGCUACCAUCACCAGGGCGGGGAGACGUGCGGAAACUGCGAUACGGCUCAGACCAUUAGAAGAAGGCAAAGAAACCGACUAGGCCCCAAAAUUCAUUACGGGACUAUCGGAUCGUCGAACGCGGUCGUUGAAACAGUCAAAACGCGACACCAACUGCAAGACCAAGAGAUCCUAUGCGUAGAGAUGGAGGCGGCUGGUGUUAUGGAAGCGUUCCCCUGUCUAGUCAUCCGGGGCAUCAGCGACUAUGCCGACUCUCACAAGAACAAGGACUGGCAGGCCUAUGCUGCAGCUACAGCGGCUGCGUAUACCAAAGAGUUGCUGUUGAGAAUCCCACCAGUAUCUGUCAAGCACACACAGGAUAUCACUGACAAGAAGGAGAUAAAGAUUCUCGAGUGGCUGUCUCCCAAAGACACUAACUUUUCCCUUCUUCAAAACUUGUCCCAGCAAACUCGUACUCCUGGCACUGGUCAGUGGUUGCUCAAAGAUGCAAGGUAUCGACAGUGGCGCGACAGUACGCCUGGUUUGUUGUGGCUAUACGGCGCUGUGGGCUGCGGAAAGACUAUUUUGUGCUCGACUAUUAUAAAUAACCUUCAACUGCACGCGAGACUCAACCCGACCAAAAACGUGGCGUAUUGGUAUUUCCGAUUUGACAACAGCGACUCGCAAGACCUUUCAAAAAUGCUGCGGUCGAUUAUCCGACAGUUGAGUUGCUCGCCACUGCCUGUAGAAUUGCGUGAGCUCCAUGAUCGACAUAGUAGGGCUGGGAGCGAUCCAUCAUUGGACGAUCUGAAGGCGACUCUUACUCAAAUACUCCGAAUUGACGAUAGAAACACCUACAUCGUCUUCGAUGCCCUGGAUGAAUGCUCCCAUGCAGACAACUGGAGACAGAGGCACCAGCUACUAGGCUACGUCAAGGAGUUAGUUUCGAAACUCCCAAAGUUGCACCUGCUUGUCACAAGUCGACCGGAGCCAGACAUUAUAAGGGAGCUUGGAAGUAUUGCGAAUCGCCCACUGGACAUCGAAGAACUCAUAAACGAAGAUGUAAGGAAGCAUGUUGAGGAAGCUCUCAAUAAACAUCUCCGUGUAGACAGGCAGGUAAAGGACCGGGUCGGCGUUAAACUCCUCAGUCAGAGAGAAACACGAUUCCGUUGGGCUGCGCUACAGCUGGACCGUUUCAUCCAAUGUACUAGUAUGGCAGAACUUGAAAUGGCCUUCCAAACCAUCCCAGAAACUUUGGAAGCAUCUUACGAGCAGACUUUCGAAAAGAUCAAGGAUCGUCACAGAGAAUGCGUUAGGCGGAUCAUGAUGUGGCUUGCCGUAUCGUAUCAGCCGCUUAGCGUCAAUCAAGUCGCUUCAAUUGUCGGGUUAAUACAACCUGGCUUCGUCGUCAAAAUUUGCACAACGCAGCUAGUAACAAUCCUUGAUGCGAAUGCUACCACACAGUUUGUCAAACUGGCUCACUUUUCGGUUAAAGAAUUCCUUAUUAAGAAGCUUGGCGAGGAGGUUCACAUUCCAUGGUAUCAAUUCUCGAGUGAGCUGGCCAACCAGCACGUUGCGGUUACCGCCAUUGAGGCGCUCUUGGAGCCCCAGAGUCACUUGAAUCUCAUUCAUUGGUACGCUGCUAAAUAUUGGCCCCAACACGCGACAGAGGGAUUGUUGGUCGAGGAACGAUCUAAGCUCGAAGACCGAAUCAACCGCCUUUUUCAUCCCAAAAAUGAGAAGGAAUUCCAAGGCUGGUUGAAUGCACACGAUCCUGAUAAGACACGGCACAGCCAAAACAGCAACAUGGGAGGAUCUUUGUACUACGCAGCGCUUCUUGGCUUUGACAAAGUCGUACAUGGAUUAUGGGCUAACGAGUCUCAAUUGUAUGGAUCCCAGGGAACUCAUGGAAAUGCCCUCAACGCGGCCGCGGUGUGUGGCAAUGUGGAAAUCGUACGAUGGAUCCUGAAGCGAUGUCAGAAUCCGGCGAAGUUCAUUAAUCUGGUUGCCAUCGCAAAAUUAAUCAGACUCAAUGGAAAGGAGAUAAUCGAAGAGCUAUGUAUGCAAGUACCGGGUUUGAGAGUUUCCGCAGCUGUAAUUGAAGCCGCUGCGGGAAACCAGCUUUGUGGACAGGACCUGAUGGAACUGUUUCUGAAGAAGGGCGGAGACCAGGCCCCCAUCACCGAGGACGCCGUUAUGGCCGCUGCCGGGAAUGAGGAACAUGGCUUACGUAUAAUGGAGCUGAUGCUUCGGGAGAGGAGAAACCAGGUCGUCCUCACUGCAUACGUGGUCAAGGCCGCUGCUGGGAAUGCUGAUAGCGGCGAAGAACUUAUAGAAAUGCUACUCCAAGAGAAGGGAGACCAGCUUCAUAUCACCGAAGACGUACUAAUGGCCGCUAUUCAAAACACUUAUUACGGCUACUUGGUGAUGGGGGUGCUACUCAAAAAGAGGGGAGGCGAAUUCAACAUUACCGAAGAGGUGGCCAUAGCCGCUGCCGAGAACAUCUAUUGCGGCCGGGAGGUGAUGGAUAUGCUGCUUGAAGUGAAAGGGGACGACUUCGAUAUCACCGAGGACGUGCUCAUAGCCGCUGCCGAGAAUACAGUCUGCGGUCAGGAGGUGAUGGAAAUACUGCUUGGCGUGGAGGGGAAAUACUUCGACAUCACCGAGAACGUGCUUAUAGCCGCUGAUAAUGAGGGGAGAGGUGACCAAGGGAUGAUGGAGAUGCUUCUCGAGAAGAAGAGAGGCCAGAUCUGCACUCCCGAAGACGUGGAUAUGACCGAUGCUGAGGACUUGCAGAUCAUCGCAGGCGACGACGGAUCAUUUCGUCGUGGUCAUUUCAUGGGAGGGGUCUCGUAUCGCCCUCAGGCAAAUACAGAUGGGCUAUUUUAA